ACCAUAUAAUUCAAACAACAUAUUCUCUAGAAUUUUCAUUUUUGAUUUCGCUGCAAUUUGCGAUAUGGCUAAAGUUUUCAACACCCUUUCAGUGCUCAUUUUACUAGCAAUUGCACCAGUUUCUUCAGGUCUGCAAACUCUGGAUUGUAAAGAUUUUUUCAACAAAUGCUUUGCAUGCUAUGAGGAUCAAAUUUGUUAUUGCUCGUCACUAGAUAAGAGAGUAAAUUUGGAUUGCAAUAAACUUAAAGGAAGCUCAAUCGGUUACCUUGAAAUUUUGCAGCACGAUGGCUCGGGAUUACGCUGCCCAUUGAAAAAUGUCGUUGUGAAUAAAACGAUAUGCUUGGAGGCCACAGCAAGUUGUAAAAACACUACCGAUGUCACGAUUUCAUAUGAAAAUACCAGCAGUGCAUUUAAUUUGGCUAGUUGUCCACAAACUUCAGUUUUUCCUUCAUUUAAGUCAACCCUUCAGGAUGCUGUAGGUAGUUUGGAUUUGGGUCAAUUAUGCCAUUACUUUUUAAGAAUAUAUAAAAGGUAUUCAAAACGCAAUGAAACUAUGCAAAAUCAAUUAACAAAUUCUUGCGUUGAUGCACUCGAGCAGAUUAAAAGUUUUCGAUCUAAUCUUAUUGCUAUGAUAGACAAAUAUGAAUGCAGUUCUGGGAAAAAAGAAUGUAAUUGCGAAAACGGUAACUCUAUGUUGAAGCAUUCUGAAUUAUUUAUUAUGUGUUUUGUCUUUGUAAUGGUGACAGUGCUGGCUAUCUUAGAUGGUUUCCAAACGAGAAAGCUAAAGAAAAUUUCAAAUGCUAUUCAAAAUAUUGUCAAAGAGAUCAAUCGCAAUGAUUUUGUAGCAAAGAAAUCUCAGGAUGUGAAUCUCGAGGAAACAUCGUUCAACGCAGAAUGUAAUGAUAUAGAAUUGUAUGAAACUGUAAAGACUACUGAUGAAAACAAUGAGUCAAAUGGCCAAAAAGAGGUUUAUGACUAUCUUUAUACUCGUGGACGCUACUGCGCUCAAAGUAGCAACGAAGAAUAUGUUAAUAUUUAAAUAUUUACAUUAUUUCAUGCCUAAUUAUUAUGUCAUAACUUUGUGUUUAAUUAAUAUUCUAAUUUUUAGCUGAUAUGAUAGAUAAUAUUUUCAAAUUUAAAUACCAUUAAGUUAAAAUUUUCGUGUUGAUUCCAUGAUUGCUCAGUUAAAUUUUCAAUAAUUUGUUGAACAAUGUAUAUUACAUAAUUAUAGCUACAAUUAUUCUGGAUAUAAUAAGAAAUAUUUUCUAUUUCAAUAUCUUAUGUACAUGGCGAUUACGCAAUUUAAA